GGCUAAGCGUCGCACUAACAUUCACAUAAUGCCACUCUUGCUUGCCCAGAUGCCCACACUCGAACAGACCGGUACUAACGACAGCAACACCACGCCUUCUUCCCACACACCAACCGGAGGCCAAUAUCAUUCGCCAUGUCUGACAAAUCGCACCGUCUCUACGUCAAGGGCAAGCACAUUUCCUACCAGCGAGGAAAGCGCAAUACCAACCCUGGCACUUCGCUGCUGAAGCUCGAGGGCGUCGAUGACACCGCCGCGGCCCAAUUCUACGCUGGCAAGCGCGUAGCAUACGUCUACCGUGCUCAGAGGGCUAUCCAGGGCUCCAAGAUCCGCGUCAUCUGGGGCAAGGUCACCCGGCCACACGGCAACAGCGGUGUCGUCCGUGCCAAGUUCAGGAACAACCUCCCUCCCAAGUCCUUCGGUGCCUCCGUCCGCGUCAUGCUGUACCCUUCUUCGAUAUAAUUUCCGCUACGACCUUGGGGGAUGGGGACGAUGUAGAUGAGCGAUGGAGCGGCGAAUGAUUCGGCGCAAAAUCCCUCACGGAACGAGAGAACGACAGUGGGGAGACAUUCAUGCGUGCUCUCUUUCAUAUGGCAUGUUCAGGCUGGUUCACGGUGUCAUUGGUAUCGGAAGUCCAUGACAAUGGCAAGAUCAAUCAAGUCUCCUCCCAAGAUCAACCAAAAAUGAUCAAAUCCCUCUUGAUGGCAUUGGAUAUGUGACAACUGAAACGAGUACUUUUGCGAGGAGCUGGAGAAGAUCAGACUAUAAUGAUACAGAGACAUGCUUGGCUAA